GCCUUGUGUAAAUACAAUACAUAACACAUACACCCUUCAUUCGAUCGGCAAAAUUUCUCUUUCGGCAGCACACUAAAAACUGUUGUAAAUUAACGUAUCUGUACCGUGUUCUCCCGUUGGGUUAAUGGUCCUAAGUGUAAAGACUGCCUCUUUUCCCGGUUUUCCUCCAGACCGCAAUCAGAUAACCGCAGAAGAGCCCAACGAAGUCGCUACAAAAAAGGUAAAAGAAAAGCACCGAGAACAGCCAUCAACUACCGAGUCCCCGAGCCGAAAUCGCAUCUGAAGAAGCGCCGUCCUAGGAUCGCACAACACGAGGAACUGCCUCUGGUCCACGCCCUUGGGGAGCAUCGAAGUACACUCCAGAUAUUUGGAUUCGCAAACGAGCAAAUCCUGGCAGAGGGGGAGCAAUGGAGGAUCUGCACCUGAAGCUCGGCGGCUUGCCGCAGCAAACACUGGGCGCCCGGCACAGUUUGAUGCUGGACUCCAAGCUGGGUGGCGCCAUCGGUGGACCCCAGCAUCAUCGCCAUCAACCGCUGAGCCGCCAUCUCAGCCAGCUGAACCAGCUGAGCCAACUGAACCAGCUGAGCCAGCUGGGCCAGCUGAAUCAGUUCAAUCAGCUAAAUCACCUGACGCAGUUGGGCCAGCUGCAGCAGCACCUGCACCGCCGACUGCAUCUCACAUCCGGUCUGAAUCUCAACUGGGGCCUGGACCACAAGAUGCGGCACCUGACCCGCCAAGUGCACAGGGCCCGGGGGGGUCUGGCACUGGGUCUCCAGCAGGAUCUCGACCUGGAUAUGGGCGGCCACUUGGAGGGCAGCAGCUGUGCCAGCACCACGAGCAGAUCCAGAACGAGCAGCAGCGAUCUGGGGCAAGGACAUGGUUCUGGGACUGGAGUCCCCCACGCCCAUGACCCUGCCCAGGAUAAUGGUGAUUCGCCGAGUGUCAAGGGCAGUGCCCUGCGGGAGACGGAGUGCACGGCGCAGGAGGGCGAUUCGCUGGCCGUGUGCAAAAGGGAGCUGGAGAAGGACCUCCUCGAGCAGCUGAAGCCCUCGGCCUCUGUCCUGCUGAAGGCGGCCAACUCCAAGCUGAAUGCCGAUGCCAUGGCCUACACGAUGCCCGGUGCCACGGUGGAGACCCUCUACGAAGGCCGAUGCCUGGCCAAGCCGAGCCACAGUGCGCCCUCGCAGAUGCCUCGCGACUUUCGGCUGAAUGCCGAGGCGGCCGUCUUUAAGCCCUCUCUGCUGGGCAUGGGCUCGCUGGUUCCGGUGCAGCUGCCACUUCCGGUUCCGCAAUCCCUGCUUCCGGCGGUCUCGCUGCCCAUACUUCCGGCCCUGUCGCAGGGCGUUCUGGCGGCCAUCUCCCAGCCCCUGCUGCCCACGCCAUCGCACUUCCUGGACCAGGACUUUCCGCCCCUCCAUCCCAACCACCACCACCACCAUCCGUAUCCGCAUCACCUGAUGCACCCAGUGCAGCGCCAUGGCGGCAAGCCCUUUGUCCGCUGGCGCAAGCAGCCACUGCCGGACCUCUUCACCGCCGUGCUCGCGCUGAUGAAGGAGCACUCGCGAUCGGUCAGCUAUCCGGAGAUCAUCAACACCCUGGCCCUGCGGCUCCAGCGACCGGAGGUCGAGCUGAAGCGCCAUGUGCCGCACACGCUGCACGCCGCCGUGAACAAUGGUUACCUGAAGAAGGACGGCAAUCGCUACUCGCUGGUCUCCGAACUGGAGCAGCUGGAGAUCAUGCGGCGGAACCAGGAGGCCGCCGUACGGGCCAAGGAGCUGGAGAAGGAGCCGUUGUCCUGGCGCAAGCGUUAGUCCAUCGACAUGCACUCAUAUGAUACCCCAGUUUCGCGUUCUUCAUCUUCAUUCGCACUUCGUAUCCUUCGGCUUCAUAUCUUUUAUAUCCUUGAGCUAGCACAGCACUCGCGGCUAUGAGCCCGUCGUCCGGUGAGUCGUACCACCCAGAGCCCCGAGUCCUGUGCCGCCGACGAGCCCUGCAAUUUGGUUUUACUGUACGUGAACUGCGUCCGCGGACCAGCGAUCCGUGGGAUCCUCGAUACGUGACCCGUGCUCCCCGAAUCGUGAUCAGUGAUCAGUGAUACGUGAUCCCCGAUCCGCGAUCCACGGUCCGCCCAUGGAGUCACGCUGACGAAUAUACACUCUGUCUGUAUAUAUAUAUUAGCCCAAUGGGGUCGGCCUUUUGUCGAACCGCUGCCUCCAGAGGAUGUUUCGUUUGCCUGAUGUUCCCCUUUGCGUUCCCACAUAGAAACCAACUAGUUCUCCUGGUUCAGCGCUUAAUAAUUCCAAGCUAUUCGGUUUCAGCAGCGAAAUACUGAAGAAUUCGCGUCGAUUUUGAGGUUGGAGUUGAACACGCUACCAGCAUGGACACGAACUUUGGUACAAUGAAGUUGAGCCAAAUCGAGAACAACUCCUAAGUGUG